UUUAAAAGCAAGCUGGUUGCACCUGACUGAGAGGUCUCACGCUGAGAGCAGGGCCAGUCACACAGUGAGAUGAUGAUGGGAGCUGUCAAUAUCCGGACGGCGCCGAAAAUGACCGAAGUCUGACUCGGCAGCAGAAUCGGAAAACAUGGCGGCCAAGGCGCUUCGGCAGCGAACCAGGCGAGGCAGCAGACAAGAUGCAAACAACGUGAACGUCCCCACAGAAGCUCGGCCACCAAAAGAGGAGAAAGGCGGGGAUGACAGUAAAAGCACAGAGACUCGGCAAGAGUCAAUAAGUCGGGGAGGGCAGGUAUGGGCCCCAGAAGGUUCGACAGCGUUUAAAUGCCUGCUCUCAGCACGUUUCUGUGCAGCUUUGCUCAGCAACAUCUCAGACUGCGAUGAAACCUUCAACUACUGGGAGCCUAUGCACUACCUGCUGUACGGCACCGGGAUGCAAACGUGGGAAUAUUCUCCGUUGUACGCUAUCAGGUCUUACGCUUACCUGUGGUUACAUGCUCUACCUGCUUGUUUGCAUGCCCAUGUUCUACAGACAAACAAGGUGUUGGUGUUCUACUUUGUACGAUGUGUCUUAGCAUUCUCCUGCUGUGUCUGUGAACUCUAUUUCUACAAGGCAGUUUGUAAGAAGUUUGGUUUGCAUGUGGGCCGUCUGAUGUUGGCGUUCCUUGUCUUGAGCACAGGAAUGUUCUGCUCAUCUGCAGCGUUCCUGCCUUCCUCUUUCUGCAUGUACACAACGCUGGUUGCCAUGACGGGGUGGUUUCAGGACUCACCACCUUUAGCCAUCAUGGGCGUGGCUGCCGGUGCCAUCGUCGGAUGGCCGUUCUCUGCUCUGGUCGGGAUUCCAAUCGCCUUCGACCUGCUGGUGUUAAAGAGACAGUGGAAAAGUUUUAUCACCUGGGCGGCCGUAGCUCUGCUUUUGCUGCUGGUACCACUUGUGGCAGUAGACUCUUUCUUUUAUGGCAAAUUGGUUGUUGCGCCGCUAAACAUUCUGCUUUAUAAUGUCUUCACACCACAUGGACCUGAUCUCUAUGGUACAGAGCCGUGGCAUUUCUACUUCGUAAAUGGGAUCCUGAACUUUAACCUGGUGUUUGCUCUGGCACUGUUUUCUCUGCCACUCACUGCUCUCAUGGAGACACUGUUACACAGGUUCAAUGUGCAGAACCUGGGCCGUCCAUACUGGCUGACUCUGUCUCCCAUGUAUCUGUGGAUGUUGGUUUUCUUCACCAGACCUCAUAAAGAAGAACGUUUUCUGUUUCCCAUCUACCCUCUCAUCUGCCUCAGUGGGGCAGUAGCCCUUUCCUCUCUACAGAAAUGCUACCACUUCCUGUUCCAGCGCUACCGACUGGAGCACUACACAGUCUCCUCCAACUGGUUGGCUCUAAGUGCAGUUGUGGUCUUCACAGUUUUGUCAUUAUCUCGCUCUGUCGCCCUCUUUAGAGGCUACCACGCCCCUCUAGACCUGUACCCAGAGUUCCAUCGUAUCGCCAAGGAUCCGACUCUUCACUCAGUCCCUGAAGGUAGACCUGUUAGUGUGUGUGUGGGCAAAGAGUGGUACCGCUUCCCGAGCAGCUUCCUGCUGCCGCACAACUGGCAACUGCACUUCAUUCAGUCUGAGUUUAAAGGGCAGCUGCCUCAGCCGUACGCCUCUGGUCCUCUGGCCACGCAGAUCAUCCCAGCAAACAUGAACGACCAGAACCUGGAGGAGCCGACCAGAUAUGUGGAUUUACGGCAGUGCCACUACUUAGUAGAUCUGGACAUAGAUGAAGAGACGCCACUUGAGCCACGUUAUUCAGCUAACAAAGAGGAGUGGAGCAUCAUCGCCUAUAAGCCUUUCCUUCAAGCCUCAAGGUCAUCGCCUCUCUUUAGAGCACUUUACAUCCCAUUUAUAUCAGACCAUCACACAACCUACAGGCGCUAUGUCAUCUUGAAACCACGGCGGCAAAAGCAGCCUCGUAAGCGGACCCAUGGCUGACCUUUGGACCUCAACCCGGCCCCAAGUACAAAUUCCCAGAAAUCAAUCACUUCCCAUCAAAGCAGUUGGUGUGUGUGUGUGUGUGUGUGUGUGUGUGCGUGUGCGUGCGUGCGUGCGCACGUGUGAUUGUUGGGACAUUGUGUUUUGAAGUAUUUGUCUCAUGUCUCAUUCGAAGAUAUUGGACCCUUUAAGGACAUGAAGUCUGCUUCUGGGCUUGUGUGUGUGACUGAAGAGAAAUGUUGUAGAUGUGCGCUUUGCAGGUAUCAGCUGGACCUGUAUGUCAAACAUUUUAUCUGUGUGUGUGUGUGUGUGUGUGUGUGUGUGUGCGCGCGUGCGCGUGUGUAUGUGUGUGCGCGCGCGCACGUGUGAUUGUUGGGACAUUGUGUUUUGAAGUAUUUGUCUCAUGUCUCAUUCGAAGAUAUUGGACCCUUUAAGGACAUGAAGUCUGCUUCUGGGCUUGUGUGUGUGACUGAAGAGAAAUGUUGUAGAUGUGCGCUUUGCAGGUAUCAGCUGGACCUGUAUGUCAAACAUUUUAUCUGUGUGUGUGUGUGUGUGUGUGUGUGUGUGUGCGCGCGCGCGCACGCACGCAAGUAAAUGAAUGUCAUAGAGUGGAUGCACACUACAAGAUGUAGCCCGGGACAGGCCUUUAACACAGUGUUUUUUCAUACUUCAUUUGAAAUUGUGGCCUGAAUUCAAGAUUUUUUUUCUGACUUAUAAAUCUAAGAAAUCUUGUAGUGUGUGCUCGUCUGCACUUGGAACAGUAUCUUAUUGUGUGUGCUAAAGGGUGUGAGUGGCGGGGACGAAUGAAAGUAAGGGUGCGUUAAUAAUUUAACUUGGAAUGUUAAUAAAAACAUGAUUGACUGUGAAAA